GCCAGGAUGACUGGAGUCUUUGACAGUCUGGUGGCUGAUAUGCACUCGACCCAGAUCACGGCCUCCAGCACGUACCACCAGCACCAGCAGCCCCCGAGCGGCGGCGGCGCCGGCCCAGGCGGCAGCAGCAGCCUCCACAAGCCCCAGGAGUCGCCUACCCUCCCGGUGUCCACAGCGACCGACAGCAGCUACUACACCAACCAGCAGCACCCGGCGGGCGGCGGCGGCGGCGGCGGCGGGGGCUCACCCUACUCGCACAUGGGCUCCUACCAGUACCACACCGGCGGCCUCAGCAACGUCCCCUACUCCACCAAGAGCGGCUACGACCUGGGCUACACCGCUGCCUACACCUCCUACGCGCCCUACGGGACCAGUUCGUCCCCGGCCAACCACGAGCCUGAGAAGGAGGAACUGGAGCCUGAAAUCCGGAUAGUGAACGGGAAGCCAAAGAAAGUCCGGAAACCCCGCACCAUCUACUCCAGCUUCCAGCUCGCGGCUCUACAGCGGCGCUUCCAAAAGACUCAAUACCUGGCGCUGCCCGAACGAGCCGAGCUGGCAGCGUCCCUGGGCCUCACCCAGACGCAGGUCAAAAUCUGGUUCCAGAACCGCCGGUCCAAAUUCAAGAAGAUGUGGAAGAGUGGUGAGAUCCCCUCUGACCAGCACCCCGGAGCCAGCGCGUCGCCACCCUGUGCUUCCCCGCCCGUCUCGGCGCCGGCCUCCUGGGACUUCGGCGCGAGUCCGGCCGGCGCCGCUGUCGCCCGGGGCCGCGAGCUGAGAGCUGGAGAGGGCCUGCCCCGCCCGCGAGGCGUCCGGGAGCUCUGA